GUUUGCUGAUUCGAUCGUGUCUGAUUUGAGAAAACCUUUUUUCGUAUUGCUCUCUGUGGGGGUGGCUUCGUUAGCUCUUAAUAUAUUUCAGGUUUUCAUCGCGUUAUCUACAAGUAACAUGAAUGAACUGUUUACAACUUUUACGUUUGUUUCCGCACAACUCUGUUAUUUGUAUCUAGGGAAUUAUGGUGGACAAAUAGUUAUGGACCAUUAUUCCGAAGUAUUUAAUGCGACAUAUGAUUCAUACUGGUAUACGGCACCAUUGCGUGCACAGAGAUUAUUAUUGUUCAUAAUGCAGAGAACCUCAAAAAAUUUUUCUUUCGUUUUUGGAGGAAUAUUUGUAGUCUCGCUAAAAGGUUUUUCUACGCUUGCGAGCAUGUCAAUAUCUUAUUUUACGGUGAUCUAUUCUAUAACUUCGAGAUAAUUAUUUAAGAAAGAAAUUUUUUU